AUGCAUAAAUUUAAUUUAUACCAAGUAAAAGAGACUUGUUUUGAAGACUCUGAAUAUGUUACAAUGUCGAAAGUGAUUUGUCCUCGGAACUUGAUAGAAUCCGAAAUUUUCAUACAACUUUUGAAAAUAGAGACAGAUGAGUACUUUUCGAAGUUAUCCGAGACGUCUUCAAAUUUGUUAAGCAGCGCCGUCUGUUGUAUGAAAUCGAAUAACACUGAAAUAUCCAAAAAGGGUUUCCAGCGCCUUAACAAAAUUAUAUUCCGCUCGCCUUGCUACAACAGUGCUUUUUUAGAUGCUGUUUUGGAACGUAGUUUGUAUUCUAUUCGAAACCAACACUAUUCUUUUGCUUGCAAAGACCUUUUAUAUUAUGAGUCCCUGGAUUCUAGACUGAAGACUACUAAAGGAACUGUCCUUUCUCAAUCGCUGUUGUGCUUGGCUUUGUUUAUGACACGGGAUAACAAAGCGGCAAAGCAGAAAUUAAAGAAUUUAAAGGAUAUGAUUGAUCGCUUGCCCUCUACAGAUAAAACCAGUGAAAUUUCAUCUUUUUGGUCGCUUUUACAAAAGUACGAGAAAGAAAUAAACCAAGAAACUCGAAAUGUCCAAUAUACCAGGAAACCAAUGAUCAAGUCAUUUGUGCCUUUCAAUGGAUUUGGUGGUAGCAAGAAAAUACCAUUUGCUAGCAGCGCAUGUGAAUAUAAACGAACGAUGAACGGCCCUGCUGGGGUAUUCGCAAGGGUCAACAUCCCCAAAGGAAAAAUUAUUCUGGUGGAUACCCCUGUCUACUUUCAGUUCAGUGCACCUUUCCUUAACUGUGAAAUGUGUGGAGUGCACCAAGAACUGGUUUUUCACACGUGUAGCAGAUGUCGCUACAAAACUUAUUGCACACAGACAUGUAUGGAAUUAGACUGGGAGAUACAUCAAACUGAAUGUUAUGGAUAUAAAAUAGGCCUGAUACCAAUGCUGGAAACAACACAGCUGUUUCGAUGUUUUCUUCAAGCUGCAAAGUAUUUGAAUCAGGCCAUAUUGAAACAUGGUAGAAUAUUGAACGAUCCCCUUUUCGCUUGGAACUUUAUAUUAGAGUACGUAAUCGAAGACGAUAAAGGGGAUUCGAUUAUUUCCGAACUUUUGGCGACCCAACUAGACUACAAGCAGUUAACCUCGGAAAAGUAUCACGAAGUGAUAUCGACAGCAUUCCGUCUGUCGGUUUUUAUCUUUAAUGACACGAACAUUAUAGGCACAUACUUUAGUCUGCUGCUUAUUAAAAAAAUCAGUGUCAUACAUCUAAUGGCUGCGAUUCUCAUGCGGUUAGGUGCACACAUUUUAUUAAAAUCGCAAGUGGCCGAGCUGCACUAUCCAAAAACUGAAAACAUAAGUUCACAAAACGAUGAUAAUCUCGUAAACGAUACAGUAUUUCCAUCAAUAAGCGACCGUACAUCUGAAAAUGCGUUCAGCUAUUACGGAAUCGAUGGUCCGUCUGAUUUCGCAGACUGUUACAAUGACGUACGCAAACGUUCGUUGUCAAAUGGGAAUCUUACUGAAGCAAGAAACCAGUUUCCACCAAAGGAUAAUCCAAUGUCUCAGUUCACGAAUAGGCUGCUUAAUUUAUCUUUAUCGCAUGAUAAAAUUGAGUCCGCUGAAAAUCUCUUCAAUGCGGAAAUUCGAAAUUCAAAGGAAACAACGGAGAUUCUUGAUAACUUGAACAGUUCGAAGCGUUGCCGAUUGGUCACAAAAAUAGCUAAAUAUUUUCAUCAGUUCAUUGACGAUUAUUUUGGACAAGCGGAUAAUUAUUGCAGCCACUACCAACAGAAAUCCACUCUUUGUUCGACUUUGAAGGCCUUAAAACAGAGCAUUACGACGGGGAACAUUAAGGUUAUAUCUCUGUCAAGGGGCCAGCUUAUAGGGGUAACAUCUACGAAUAUAGUGGCUGGCGAGGAGUUAAUUUUAGGGCCAUACAUUUUAAGGCCUCUGGCUAAGAGUCUCGUAUUGAAUCAGUCCUAUUCCCAUGCCUUCAACAUUUCAAGUGAAGGUGCGUCAGAUGCGAAGACAGCGUUCCAAUGGGAAAUUUCUGAAUUAUUUCGGACAGCCAGAACCAAAGGCGCACAGUUUUAUGCCGAAAACAACGAGCUUUUCCAAAAACAUAUGUCAUUUAUUUCUGAAAUCGAAACUCAAAUGUUUGCUGUGGAGUCUUCUCAGCUGGAUAUUAAAGUACAAAAGAGUCUAGCUAUUUUGCACGGUACAUACAAUGCUUUUUCUGCUUUGCAUUUUACAUCAGGAAGUGGUCUACGUUUACGUGGAGGGCUAAAACUUGCCAAUUUUCUAGCAUCGAACGGGUUUUUAGAGCAUGCCAGUGAUGUUAUAAUGCUCAUAGUUGAUUCUAUUGGGGAAGAAGAUGUCUAUUUGGAUGAAGCAGGUAUUUAUCGAAGUAUCUUCGCUAUAAUCCGAAAGAUUAUCGAACAGUACAUUGAAAAUAUCAUGGAUGCUUGUGUGGAUGUGGAUCGAGACUAUCCAAACAUGUUAUUGGCCAUCUGCUUUUGGAUUAUAGAAAGACAACAAAUAAAGUACGAUUCAUUACUGGAGGAUGAAGAGGCUUUUGCUUUGUACUUGGAAUACAGUGCACACUAUUACAAAUGGAAGACAAUAAUAAAUUCGUAUAUUUUAAUGCCACCUCGCUUAAGAAAAUAUUUGUUAGACUCUAGUGUUUAAGUUACCCUUCACCAAAGUUAUUUUUGACUUAGAAAUACGUGUGUUUGAAUC